AAAAACGCGGGAAAUACAGUCCUGAGAAGCAGCCGAAAGAAGACAGACGUGUUUACUGCGCUCUGCACAUUUUCUACUGUUUUCCGGCGAAUUGUAUCCCUUUAGACCAACAUGGUGCGAACAAAAGGUAGCAACAGUGGUACAAAAGCUGUGGCAGCAAAAGCACCCAGGAAAGCUCUUGUCUCAGCACCGAGCAGUAACUUCACUCCGGGAUCUCCUGCAGGUAGUGGUGCGAGUUCCAAGUAUGCAGGUGGGAACCCCGUCUGUCCCAGACCGACCCCUGCAUGGCAGAAAGGUAUCGGGAACUUCUUCAACCAGGGAGGCAGCAAGGAGAACAGAACACCACAGGAGAAGGACCAGGGCACCGGCUCCAGCUCAAGUGCUAGCAACUGUGUGGCAGAUAUGGACGAAGGCAUCACCGAGGAAGACUAAAAACAUGGGGACGGUUGUUCAGAUAUCUGCUCCGAUAUUAAUUAAUGCAUCUAACCUGGCAGCUAAGUGCCUGUAUAAGAUUGGUGCUCCUCAUUUCCUAUGGCUGUUUUAUAUUCUUUAAAAUGAUAAAUUAGGUUUAAAGGAGUGGAAAAGCUACCAGAAAAAACACUACAACCACUACCUACAAAUGUAUUGUAAUUUGUGAAAAGCUUUAUUAACCUGGUGGUCCUGAUGGUGGAUAUUGUAGUGAUUUGAUUCCUCAAAGUAUUGAAUGAACAGGGCAUUUUAUGACUUAUAUCACCUUUACUGAUUGUGAAAAAGCAGGCUGGAUUGAAUAUACCCAGUAUACAUGUAUCUACACAUUGAAUUGUCUGCAUCACUUCUUGUGUAUCUCCAGUUAGUUAGAAGUACUUUGGACAGUUUGGGAAUUAUUUAGCAUUUCUAAAGUAAGGUCCAGUCAUAGAAUUAUGUUAGAUUAAAUUGUAUUGCAGACAUGUUGACAUGUGUAGAAGAAAGACCAGCAUUGUAAUAUGAAAUUGGGGCUACCUGUACUAUUGUUCUUUUGUCUCCCAAUUAAGAAGAUUAAUUUCAACUGUAGUUUGCAACUGUCUUUUAGAACAGGAAUAAAAGACUUGUACAAAGGAA